CAGCUAGUGUUCCGCUAGCGAGGCAGCUUAGCAAGAAAACAGGCCAUGUUUGUUUCACGCAGCUAAAAAUGGGCUAGGACUAUAGCACGAUAAGCACAGCUUAUAGCAGCGCCAUGCAGAUGAUUUGGAUGAUUACAGAAUAACGUAUAGCCACAGAAGACGUUGAGAGCAUGUUAUAUUGCUUUUAAUUCGACGCCACGAAACAAAAACGCGUUAUGUAAGAAGGGGGGCGCCUUUCCCGGGCUUUCGCGAAUAGCUUACAUCUGUGAUUAGCCAUUAUCUCGAGCUGUUUGCCUUGUUUAUACCUUGAUAUCUUGACCUUUUAGAGCUACGACAGCACAGCUUCCCAGCGAGCAAUAAAAGUAGUCAACUAACAUGACCUAGUUUAUUUGCAUUUGUUCACGUCGUGUGCUGCCUCUGCGUGCUUUUAUGAGGGGCGGAAGCUAGUCGCGGCGGCCAUUUUACAGCUAGUUAGCUGUUCCAACCUCUGGCGCACAAGAUGCCCACCGUUAAACGCCUUGUAUUUUCUCGAAGCUGUAGAAUCAGUCUCUCCGUGACUUUAACGCAACUAAGACGUAUAUGCAGGACUGAUCCUGACUCAAGAACUGACUGAGCCUGUGACGGGCAACCCUUCAAGUUUCUUUGCGGGAAAGCGGGGCUCGUAGAGCAACGCUAAGUUUCACUUAACCGGGAAGACGGAAGUCGUCAGGCUGGAGUGCGUACUGAUGGCUGAGUCAGAGACUGACUGUGACACACCAGGUCUCGAUACGUUGGGAUCGGAGUGUGUCAUUGCCCAUACGCAAGUUGGGGACUUGCAUUAUGGAGCGGAAACUGAGAUUAUGACUCAGGAGGACAAAAGACUUGACCUAGAGGCUAUUCAUGGUGAUUUAGGGGCAGUGACCUGUGUGGAUGUGGUAACGGAGACAGACCAUGACUACAUUAAAUCUGAAAUACACCACGAUCAUCAUCAGUACUUCAGCAGUGCAGAAAUCAAAGGCAAUGAGCAUUUGCUCGGUGAGGUGCUGUUGAAGACGGAGAUAGGUGGUGGAGAACAUAUCGUAAAGGUGGAGUCUGAUCACGGAGGGGAGCUUACAGUGGAGUCAGAGAAUGGCGUUAUCAUCCAUGAAGCCCAUGGCCUGCAAUGCAGUGAGUGUGGUGAGAUUUUUGGCUGUAUGUCUGAUCUGCACGAACACUUUGAAAUCCACAAAGCCACUCAUCCCUACAUUUGCGUCCACUGUGGUGAGAGCUUCGCUGUUGAAGCCAGCCUAAGAAGUCACAUGAGGAUUCACAUGAAAGAGAAAAGUUAUACCACUGGUCUUGAGAUGGUUGGUAAAGGAGUCAUUGAUGCGUUCAACUUGAAACCCCACCAGAUGAUGCACUCUCCUGAAAAACCACACAGAUGUUCAGAGUGUGGCAAAAGCUUCGCUGCUGCCAUCACUCUCCGGGAACACAUGAAAAUGCAUUCGGAUGACAAACCCUACAAAUGCACCCAAUGUCGAAAAAGCUUUGUGCGCAGACGUCAUUUGAAAAAACAUCAAGAGCUGCAUGCCCACGACAAGCCUUUUACCUGUCUUCAGUGUGGAAAAGGCUUUAUGACGGCUUCCAAUCUCAAGCAGCACCAGAAGACUCAUGCUGGUGAAAAGCCGCACAGAUGCACCCAGUGUGGAAAGUGUUUUGCAGCAGCAGCCACGUUGAGAGAGCAUCAGAGAAUCCACUCAGGGGAGAAGCCCUACAAGUGCACCCAGUGUCGGAAGAGCUUUGUCAGGAAACGGCACCUCAAGAAGCAUCAGCUGGUCCAUCAGGGUGGAAAGCCCUACCGCUGCUCUCAGUGCGACAAGGGUUUCAACCAUUCUUCUUCCUUGUCACGAUUUUUCUCUCCCACAAGUGGUGUGCUACCAUUCAUUUCAUGA